GGGAUCGAUCAUGGCUAACGUGAUGCCUAUCACGCGGCGUGCGCCUGCGCACGUCCCGGCACAAAAUUACUCCCGCACCGAUAUCGAAAACCUCAUCGCGCAUCUGAUUGAUCUGCUCGAUGACAUGGAUGGCGAUCCAGACCUGGAGUGCGCCGACCGCGAGUCGAUCAUGACUUCUUUUGAUCCUACGCGCCGCCGCGCCUUGGGUGCGCUUGCCGCCUCGCCGGUCGCCCUGACGCUGCCCGCUGAAGCCGCGCCGCCGAUGACUCCGCAAGAGCGCCUAGAACACUAUUUCGAGGGUAUGGCCAAUGCGAUGGCCGAUAUGGCAUUCGGAAAAUGGGAGGUUCGUGUUGUCAGCGGCAACUCAGCCCAAGGCCUAUGUUUGCGCCAGAUCGGCAACCCGCAACGCGAGGCCAUGCAUCACCUAGAGAUGGCACUGCGGGCGCUGGAGGAUUGGACGCCGGGACGCUGGCGCAUGAACACGAAUUUUGAUCAUGCGUUCGCGCUGAUCAUCCGCAAUGAUGGGCCGUUAAGGGCCGACGAUGUGACCGGCACCACGGCCUACGCGGACUGGGAACGAUCAAAGAUUUCGAGUUGA